CCACAGGCGCCAAGCCAGUAUGUGACAUCUCUUAAAGAAACUGUUUAUAGAAAUAAACACACACAUACAAAUAAAAUAUUCCUAAAAUUCCCAGAAAAUGGCUGGGAACGGCGGUUGAUGCUCCUUAUUCCGGCACUUUGGGAAGCCAAAGCGGGACGACAUUUAGAGGCCAGGAGUUCAAGGCCAGCCUAGGCAACGCAGACCGCCCCCACCCCCAUCCCUAGAAAAAAUUUAAAAAUUAGCCAAGCAUGGUGGUGCUGAUUGUGAGAAGCCAUUACAGCAAACGGAAGGAAGAAAACCUUGCCAUGUAAAAAUAAAAUAAUGGUAGAAACAGUAAAAAAAUGAAAAGCUUUGCAAUGUGAAGAGGUACACCUACCAUACUUAAUCUACACUAGAAACAGAUUUGCCCCUCCCCGGAAACAGGGCUUGCGUCCCCAAGCUUACAGCCCUCACCCACUUUCGGCUCGCCCCUUCCCCCAUACUAACGCCUUCUUCGAGACGGCUUCUGUUACCUGCGGCCACUCCCUCUUUCGGGGCCAUCCGUCAUCGUUCUCGCUUCCCGGUAACUAAGGCGAUCAGAGGGACUUCCCGGGGACAAGUGGGCGUCAUAUUGUAUCAGGACGAACCCUGGAGUGCCGACUCAUCUGGAGGCAGGCGCUGAGAUUUUCUGAAGUAGAAACGUUUAGGGUGAACUUGGGGAAACGCAUGUGCCGAGGAACUUUGGUUUUGAAGCGCCGGGCAUGAUAGUCUUGCCCUCUUCCAAUAUGGUGGCGCGCCUUCUUUGAGUGUCUCGCUUCCGCUCGUCCGUUUUUUGAUUGGCCAGUAGACGGCGCCGUGGCGUGACGAGUUGGGGCGCUGACCAAUCGGAUGAGAGCUGAGCUGGACAUACUGUGGGAGUCGGAGCGCGCCUUUUGGGGUGGUGGUUGCGGACGGUUCUGACCUGGUGAGCGGCUCUGGCCAGACUAUGGCGACAUAUCUGGAGUUUAUUCAGCAGAAUGAAGAGCGGGAUGGUGUGCGUUUUAGUUGGAAUGUGUGGUCUUCCAGCCGUCUGGAGGCUACGAGAAUGGUUGUUCCCCUGGCUUGUCUCUUUACUCCUUUGAAAGAACGUCCAGACCUACCUCCUGUGCAGUAUGAACCUGUGCUUUGUAGCAGGCCAACUUGCAAAGCUGUUCUCAAUCCACUUUGUCAGGUUGAUUAUCGAGCAAAACUUUGGGCCUGUAAUUUCUGUUUCCAAAGAAAUCAGUUUCCUCCAGCGUAUGCAGGCAUAUCUGAGGUGAAUCAGCCUGCUGAAUUGAUGCCCCAGUUUUCUACAAUUGAGUACAUGAUACAGCGAGGUGCUCCAUCCCCUCUGAUAUUUCUGUAUGUGGUUGACACAUGCCUGGAGGAAGAUGACCUUCAAGCACUCAAAGAGUCCCUACAGAUGUCCCUGAGUCUUCUUCCUCCAGAUGCUCUGGUGGGUUUGAUCACAUUUGGGAGGAUGGUGCAGGUUCACGAACUAAGCUGUGAAGGAAUCUCCAAAAGUUAUGUUUUCCGAGGGACCAAGGAUUUAACUGCAAAGCAAAUACAGGAUAUGCUGGGCCUGACCAAGCCGGCCAUGCCUAUGCAGCAAGCGAGACCUACCCAGCCACAGGAGCACCCCUUUGUCUCCAGGAGAUUUCUGCAGCCCAUCCACAAGAUUGACAUGAACCUCACUGAUCUUCUUGGGGAGCUGCAGAGGGACCCGUGGCCCGUAACGCAGGGGAAGAGACCUUUGCGGUCCACUGGUGUUGCUUUGUCCAUUGCUGUUGGCUUGUUGGAGGGCACUUUUCCAAACACGGGAGCCAGGAUCAUGCUGUUUACUGGAGGUCCCCCUACCCAAGGGCCUGGCAUGGUGGUUGGAGAUGAAUUAAAGAUUCCUAUUCGGUCGUGGCAUGAUAUUGAAAAAGAUAAUGCACGUUUCAUGAAAAAGGCAACGAAGCACUAUGAGAUGCUUGCUAAUCGAACUGCUGCAAAUGGUCACUGCAUUGAUAUUUAUGCUUGUGCCCUUGAUCAAACUGGACUUUUGGAGAUGAAGUGUUGUGCAAAUCUCACUGGAGGCCACAUGGUAAUGGGAGAUUCUUUCAACACUUCUCUCUUCAAGCAGACAUUCCAAAGAGUUUUUAGUAAAGAUUUUAAUGGAGAUUUCCGAAUGGCAUUUGGUGCUACUUUGGAAGUAAAGACCUCUCGGGAACUGAAGAUUGCUGGAGCCAUUGGUCCAUGUGUAUCUCUGAAUGUAAAAGGACCAUGUGUGUCAGAAAAUGAGCUUGGUGUUGGUGGCACAAGUCAGUGGAAGAUGUGUGGCCUGGAUCCCACAUCUACACUUGGCAUCUACUUUGAAGUAGUUAAUCAGCACAAUGCCCCGAUACCCCAAGGAGGCAGAGGCGCCAUCCAGUUUGUCACACAAUAUCAGCACUCCAGCACCCAGAGACGUAUUCGUGUGACCACCGUUGCCCGGAACUGGGCAGAUGCACAGAGUCAGCUCAAGCACAUAGAAGCAGCAUUUGACCAAGAGGCCUCAGCAGUCUUGAUGGCGCGGCUUGGCGUAUUCCGAGCGGAGUCAGAAGAGGGGCCCGAUGUGCUCAGGUGGCUGGACCGACAGCUCAUCCGACUGUGUCAGAAGUUUGGACAGUAUAACAAAGAAGACCCCACUUCUUUUAGGUUAUCAGAUUCCUUUUCUCUAUAUCCUCAGUUCAUGUUCCAUCUUAGAAGGUCCCCGUUUCUUCAAGUAUUUAACAACAGCCCUGAUGAGUCGUCCUAUUACAGACACCAUUUUGCCCGGCAGGAUCUUACCCAGUCCCUCAUCAUGAUCCAGCCCAUUCUCUACUCCUAUUCCUUCCAUGGGCCUCCAGAGCCAGUACUCUUGGACAGCAGCAGCAUUCUGGCUGACAGAAUUUUGCUCAUGGAUACUUUCUUCCAAAUUGUCAUUUAUCUUGGUGAGACCAUAGCCCAGUGGCGUAAAGCUGGGUACCAGGACAUGCCUGAGUAUGAAAACUUCAAGCAUCUUCUACAGGCACCACUGGAUGACGCUCAAGAAAUUCUGCAGGCGCGCUUCCCAAUGCCACGUUACAUUAACACGGAGCAUGGUGGCAGCCAGGCUCGAUUCCUUUUGUCCAAAGUGAACCCGUCUCAGACACACAAUAACCUGUAUGCUUGGGGACAGGAGACUGGAGCACCCAUCCUGACUGACGACGUUAGCCUGCAGGUGUUCAUGGAUCAUUUGAAGAAGCUAGCUGUCUCCAGUGCGUCUUAACCUGAGCGUGUAACUAGGAGAUUGAAGAGAACGCUGUGUUCACAAUUGUUUAUAAAGGCUUAGUAACAUUCCUUUUACUUUUCUGGCAGAUUUUAAUAAAUAAUCAAAGGAAAUUUUGUAUGUAACUGUAGAUUAUAACUUAUUUGUAUUCCUUAUCUGUGUCCUUUUUGUUGCACCAUAGAAUUGUAAGGUCAUAAAUGUUUUGGUACUUGUAGAUGUUUAUGUACUUUUUGUAUCCUAAUUUUUAGAGUCUAAAUGAAAUCAGAAGUAAUGUA